AGUUUCAAUAGAUAACUCGAUUGCUGAAGAAUUCGGUACGCGUUGCCAACAUUUUAACUCUUCCAGAAUAACAGAAAUUUAAAGUUGUGCACCCUUGAGGAAUAGAUGCGCGGGAAUUAUAAAAACUGUUGAAUGAAUUUAGUGAACUGUAAACAAAACAAAUUUAAAUAACUCGUCGGUGGUAAAAUUGUGUCAAAUAGCAGCUGUGUGCCUUAGCGUUCAAAUGUUACUUCGGUCCGAGCUGCCGGAGACUUCUUCGUGUUCUGACUGAGUGAUGUGGACUAGUUGACACUAGCAAUCUGAACCUGGAGUUUAAAGAACAAACUCAAUAUACUGUUAAACAAAGUGAAAUUUUCCAUAAACACUAUCAUUUUGACGUUCCUUGACAAGUUUUAAAGUUAAGUCUUGAGUGAAGCCAGCAAGAUGAGCUUCAAUAAGAACAACCCCAAUGCCGUGGGGAAGAUCAUGGAGUACCUGAAGCAGCUCUCUACCGAAAUGGGUGGAAGCGAGCAGGGUCGCCGAGGACAAGGCGACGAGGAGAGAUUGUACCGGACACGUGGGCCCAAGUACUCCCGGGUACCUUCGAAGCCAACCCUAUCAGCUUCGACGACCAGUACAUCUCUUGCCGAGUCCUGUGGCUCACAGGGCACACUUGUACCAAACUACGCUACAAUCCCAGAAACCGUUUCUACUGAAAGUAGUAGUGAGGACGAACAAGACUCAUUUGAAAAUACACGGCGCCAUUUCCAACAGCUUCGCCAGAUCAGUCUAGGAAACGAGUUCAAAUACAAGAUGGAGAUGGAAAUUAAGAGUGCCAAGGAGGAGAAUUUGCGAAAUUCCAUUCCUUUCGUCAAACAAUUAAGUUUGGACAGUAAUAAAGCGCAACCCAACUUCUCAAUAAAUGGAGACGCUCCCUUAUACACUCCGACAACCCAACGACUCUACCUGUGGACACAACUCUUAGCUGCGUUUGCAGUGUCCAUGGGGUCUUUAAUCGUUGGGUUUUCGUCUGGAUACACUUCACCUGCAUUAACAACCAUGAACAACGAUUUGGCGAUGACUAAAGAAGAGCAAACUUGGGUUGGCGGCCUCAUGCCACUGGCGGCGUUAGUGGGAGGCAUCGCAGGUGGACCCUUAAUAGAAAUCAUUGGUAGACGAUGGACUAUCAUGGGAAUGGCUUUGCCCUUCUUUCUUGGCUGGAUCCUGAUAGCAACAGCAACAAACGUACUAAUGGUUUUUGCUGGACGAGUGUUUUGCGGUGUCUGUGUGGGAAUAGUUUCCUUGGCCUUCCCGGUUUACCUCGGAGAAACAUUACAACCUGAAGUACGAGGUGCGCUCGGUCUGCUGCCAACUGCCUUCGGUAACACAGGAAUUCUAGUGUCAUUUUUCGUCGGGAGCUACCUGGACUGGUCAAAAUUAGCAUUCGUCGGCGCUGCUUUACCCGUACCAUUCUUUUUGCUUAUGCUGUUAACACCAGAAACACCUCGCUGGUUUGUAACGAAAGGACGAACUGAAGACGCGAAAAAAGCUUUGCAGUGGCUUAGAGGAAAAAAUGUAAAUGUUGAUAAGGAAAUGAAAGACCUUACACGAUCUCAAGUUGAAUCCGACAGAACCGGUGGAAAUGCCCUUAGACAACUGUUCACAGUCAAAUAUAUGCCAGCUGUACUAAUAUCUCUUGGAUUGAUGUUGUUCCAACAAUUAAGUGGAAUUAACGCUGUUAUUUUCUAUGCAGCAUCAAUUUUCAAAAUGUCGGGGAGCACCGUUGAUGAAAACUUAUCAAGCAUUAUAAUAGGUUUAGUGAAUUUCAUAUCGACAUUCAUAGCGACUGCAAUUAUUGACCGUUUGGGUCGCAAAAUGUUGUUGUAUAUUUCCUCAGUAUCCAUGAUAACUACGUUAAUAUCUUUGGGAGCUUAUUUCUACGUCAAGGAUUCGGGUGUUGACGUUACUGCGUACGGAUGGUUGCCACUUGCUUGUCUUGUUAUUUAUGUAUUAGGUUUUUCGAUUGGUUUCGGACCGAUUCCUUGGUUAAUGUUAGGCGAAAUUUUACCAUCCAAGAUUCGUGGUACUGCUGCAUCCUUAGCAACUGGAUUCAACUGGACGUGUACUUUCAUUGUAACCAAAACUUUCCACAAUAUUAUUGAUGCUAUUCAUAUGUACGGCACUGUGUGGCUUUUCGCGGUAAUAUGUUUAGUAGGCUUGUUCUUCGUAAUAUUCUUUGUGCCAGAAACUCGGGGUAAGAGUUUAGAAGAGAUAGAGCGUAAAUUAACGGGAGAUUCACGCAGAGUGCGUAGUAUUAGCAGUAGUAAACAAGCACAAAAUGGCUGUUAAAGGGAAUAAUGAUUUCUGAAUACGUAGGAAUAUGUAACAUUCCAAAUUUGUGGGAAAAGAACUGUGUUAAAAGAAAAAUAAUU